GCUGAAAUUAACUGCAGGCAUUACCGAUAUCCUUGCUCGCCGUCAGCGGCGUUUUCCGAAGUGUGAAAGAACUUGCGAAGUGGCAUGUAUCAAAGUUUUAGCGAGCCUAUCAGCUGAACCAGCUGUGUGGGAGCGUCUCAGCCGCAUUGUCCCCUAUCGAGUCGGACCAAAUGGUGCAAAACCCAGAUGACCCUCCAAACCACCACGAGGCUGUGCGCGUAGGGUUUUGCUAUCUUCCUCAUCUGCUGCCCGCUUCUUGUGCUGUAAUGCUUGCCUGCUGGUCUCGAGCGUAUUUUCUCCAAAAGUCCGCAACUGACGAGGGGCUAGAUUGAUCCGGAAGCAUUCCACCCAUUGGUUUCAUGUCCUAAUAUCAGAUUGGUCUGUCUCAGUCCUUGGAAUAUUAAUCGAUAGACCUUGUAGGGCAAACUUCUGGAAAGUUAUAGAAACUUGGCUGCGGUUCUAUCGGGAUGGCUGACGAUGACACUUCCGAACUUGCAGUUGCUGCCGUUGCCCUGGUUGUUGCUUGCGUCGCAUUACUUGCGGCAGUUGUUCAGUUAAUACAAAGUAUUUAUGCGACUGGCAAGGGCCUACCCAACCUUGAUGAGCGGGUGAUGGGAGAAUGGGCUAAAUUCAGUGGAGUCUGGUUUAAGUGGUGGCAAUUGAGACUUGAAGUCGACUUUGAAGCACCCGUCAUUUUCCUUGCGCCCGCUCGUAAUACAAGGGGCCCAGUCAAAGACGCUGAUAUAUGGUAUGCAAGAGGCUGUCCAAAGAGCUUCAAGGACUUCGGAGUCAAAGAUAGUAACGACGAUGAUCAAUCUCCAAAACGCGAGAGAGUCCAUACAGUCGAUAAUGAGCUUGCAACAUGGGUUACCUUACUGGAGGCUAUUCAGAAGAUGGAGAAGUUAUCCAGGCGUUGGGAAGACAAGCAAUGGUUGGACUCCCGGACAAGAAAUUCCCAAGUCACGCGACCAGAAUUGAAGGAGCACACCAUCACCCUUGCUGUGGGCAUGCAAAGAAAGAAACGCAGCUUCGAUGCAGUGCCCACAGUCAAGAGGCCGUACGCUACAACUACCAUUUGUCACCUAGUCGAAUUGGCUGCCGUGCUCGGGUUAUAUUGGAAAGAAUUCAAUCGAGACCAGAACAAGUAUCGUGCUGAAGGUAAUGGGUACAGCCUCUUGGGCAAUAGGGUUGACGACUUCGGUAUCGUUUUCGUAUUUGAAAAGACCGGUUGGGCUUCUUUCAAGGACACCAGGAUUAUUCCAACGCACGAAGUCAAGGAACUCUGUUUUGGCAAUGUCCCGACAUUCUAUCGAGAGAAUAAUCUAGAUGCCGAUGAUGAAUGGGCGUCCCAUAUGAUAGAACAGAAGUCUCUCAAAACCUUACAGCUCGGCAGCCGGCAAGAGAUCGCGGAUACGUUGAGCUUGAUCGGAUGUAACACCAAAACGAUAUUAAACUUUCAGAAGGAAGACCCAAAGCAGAUGACCCACCUAUUUCCAGUCACGUUCGAAAUCGUCGGAAUGCUCGGCCGCACAUUGCAUGUUAAAGGUCGGCCAUUCCGUUAUCUGCCCAACCCAACAUCAGUGGCCUGGAAUUCGCAAAGAUUCAGUCUCCGGAGAAUGUUACGCGAGUUCGAGCGAAACUUGAGCCACGGAAUAAAUGGUCGAUCCGAAACACACCAUUCAUUCACGAGUGAUCUUCAGCGGAUUCAAGCUCUGGCGAGUAAAUUGCAGCGCAAUCUCCCCGAUCAGAUGGACCAAUUUAUGCCAGAGCACCUAGAUGAGAUACAUGGCGCAAUUGAUGAAACCGACAGAAUGCUUUCCGAGGAUAGUAAGGAUAAAUCUGUGGUUCUCGAUGUGCUACGUCGGCAUGUCCAGGAGGUGAUACAGGCAAUCAACUCGAAAGUCGACCCAACCAACAUGGACCAGCUCAGCUCGCCGAUAUUGUCUCGUCCUUCUUCGUUUGAUGAUCUGCUCAACGUGCCACCAGAGAAGCGAGAGGAGGUGCUGAUGAAAAAGUAUUUCAAUGAAAUCCGAUUGCGAGUCGUUGUCAUUGGCUCAACUUCUGGGCAUGAUGACCACGACGCAAUCGAGGCUUCACUACAUAUACAUGCCAACAGCCCGCAGCAGAGAAAGCAGAUUCGCGAUGAAUUUUCCCAGACUGAAUUGCAGCAGCAGCUACAGCAACCCCAAGAGAUUACCCAAGCUCGGCCGGGAAGCAUCGCCGAUAGCGUCGGUGGUCAACACCAAAUCUCGGAUCUUCACAAAUCCAAUGAUGGUGAUUCUGCUAUAUCGCCCCCGACUUCUCAGAAAUCGCGCUUUUCCACCGUAGGCCCGCCACAUCCAAUCCGUACGAACACCGUAGGCCUCGGGCUAGGAAGCCGAGCAAGUACAAUACCUCGACAUAACGCUCGUGCGAGAACGUGGGAUUCUGUUGAAAGCGAAUUUUAUGAGCCGCGACGUAGCGAUAUUUGGUGUACACUGGUGUUUCGAAUGUUGUGUUGGCUACUCCUGCAUGAUUUUGACAAGCAUGAUGUACAACUUAGCAAAAGUGAGUUGAUGGGAAGUCGACUACCAGUAUACGUGAUGUGAGUUCAGGUCAUGGUGUCUAGGUAUAGGAGGACAUUGGCAAGGUUUGAGGUGUGGUUGUAUAUUCGUCUAGACUAUAGAACUUUGUUUCGUCCGUGAAGUAGAUAUUUGAUAUUCUUGGAAAUUCAGCUGAUAUCAUGUGCGAACGGCCAAAGUCAGAAAUUUGAUUUGCUUUUCGACUUUAUGCUGCUUGCACUCACUCAUAUUGGUCAGAUUGCCAAUGCCCAUGUCAAUUUUGGGCAAAAAGAGAGAAGGGAACAGCAGAUGAUACACUGAGAGGCUCAAUAGGAUAAAAGCAGUUGCCACGAUAGCAGACC